AUGAGACUGCUGCCAUUUUCAACAACUUGCCAUCAUCAUCGCUUCAAAUUAUUCUCCUCAUUUCUCACCUUCUUCCAACCCACCCCAUCUUCCACGUGGAUUAAUCUUAAUCACAUCCACAUGGAGCCCUCCACAAUCGCCGCCGCACCAACAACCACCACACGACGCCGUAAGCGGAAGAUUGUUGUCAUCAUGGGUCCAACGGGUGCUGGGAAAUCCCGUCUCUCCAUCGACCUCGCCACUCGAUUUUUUGAAAACUCUGAGAUCAUUAACUCCGAUAAAAUGCAAGUAUAUCGUGGACUUGAUAUCACAACCAACAAAAUCACAAUGCAAGAGCAGCUUGGCGUCCCUCAUCACCUUCUCGGAGCCUUUGACCCGACUAAAUCAGUAAUCACUACAUCGGAAUUCCGGAAAGUAGCAUCAGAAAUCAUCUCCGACAUUAAAUCCCGUCGCGGCUUGCCGCUUGUCGUCGGCGGCUCAAACUCAUGUAUCUACUCGCUGGUGACAAAACGGUACGACCCUAAAUCAGACGUAUUCAACGGACCAGACCCACAUCCGGUGAGCUCCGAGCUUCGUUACGAAUGUUGCUUCAUUUGGGUCGAUGUUUGCUUACCGGUUUUAAACCAAUAUUUAUCAAAGCGGGUGGACGAGAUGCUGGACUCCGGUAUGUUCGAGGAACUGGCAGAGUUUUACCGGUCAGGCGAACACAUGACGGUGAACCGGUCAGGUUUAGGGCAGGCAAUCGGAGUACCCGAGUUCGAGACGUAUUUCCGGCGAAUGGAAAGCUCGGAUUCCGAGGAGGAUGUGAUGGGGCAGGGUGAGGCGUACGAUGAGGCCGUGAGAAGGAUCAAGGACAACACGUGUCAGCUGGCGAAGAAACAAGUGAGUAAGAUCCUACGGCUGAGGGACGCCGGUUGGGAAUUAAAGAGAAUAGACGCCACGGAGGCGUUCAGGGGGGUGAUCUCCGGUGAGUCCGGCGGAGCAAGGGUGGCGGAAAUCUGGGAAAAACAGGUGGUGGAACCAAGCAUGAAGAUCGUGAAGCAUUUCUUGGAGGAGUAG